CUGCCACUCCCGCUCCCGGGGGUUGGCGCUGCCUAGAGUACCUGAGAGGGCCAGCGAACAAUGGCCUGUCCUGUCCGCAUGCAUCACGCUGCAUCAUCAUCAUCAUCGCCCGCUGCUUGCUGUCACGCUGGUGGUAGCGCGCGCGAUGAUCCACCACCCUCCACCCUCCCACACCCAGCCCCCCCUCCCCUCAUCCUCACGUCCCAGCCCCUGCCGCCGCACGCUCGAGCGCGUCUCCGUCGACGCGGUACCGGGGCCUCAGCGCCAGCAGGUUGGCGUCCAGCCAGCGCAGGAGCGUUGGAUAUUUCGUCUGCCUGCGCUGAAACACCGACUUGAAGGCCCGGCAAGCC